AUGGUUAUAGAAAUUGGCCAUGAACAACGUGUUGACUGUUUUGUUGUUGAUUGUAGGAAAGACACUGUUAUUUGCAUCACGACUGCAACCAGACAACAUACGAUCACGUUGAGAUUACGGCUAGCCGUCUUAGCUACAGAAGUUAAAACGCUGAUGUCAGAAAGGAACAUAUCUUCUCUUUACGUUACACUCCCGACAUUUGCUAGAGGAAUGAUAACAAUUUUAAAAGAAGCAAAUGUUUCUAACGUUGUCACAAGAGAAGAUUUAACUGACACGUCCUUCCCAGUCGAAAUACCUGAUAAAUUAAGGCUGGACAAUUAUCAUACAGCGCUUCUUGAGCAAGAGAUAUGUAUAAAGUCAGAUGUGUUCUUGUGGCACAUGUCAACAUUUUCCCGUAUGGUACAUUAUGCGAGAAUCGUGCAAGGCACAGAGACUAUCAAGCUUAGUGAAUUGCUCACAUGGCGAUACCCGGAUGUUGCCUUACGACGGAAGUAG